AUGGUGAAGCUCCAGGCCGCCACCGUCUCCAAUCAGAUCGUACGCAAACGAAAGAGAAAAACUCCAGCGGAAGAGACACCUGCAGCAGACGAACUUCCACAAGACGGCAACCAUGAUACUCAGAGCACGAGCACAACCGCAACUGUCCCCACGAAGACACACGAUGGCGGCAAGAAACCUCGAAGAACGCCGAAGUCAAAGUCAGAUGGCUCGAAGCCGGCGCUGCUCCGCCGCGACUCAUCCACCAUAGUAGAGACAUCGAUCCCAUGGCCAUCCGAAUUUACAAAACUCGCACAGGUGUACAAGGCAUUAAACCUGGUCUAUACUUUCUGCUGCACCCGGAGGCAGCUGGCGACAACGUUUGAGAAUAUCAAAUCAACCGUCGAGGGGCAUAUAAAGCGGGAGCUGCUUAUUGAGGACGUCGCACAGAUUAAGGCGCUAGUGCCCCGGGCCAUCAACUUCGUAUACGUUGAUGAGGCGAUGCUGCAGAUCAACAUCGCGGGUGCGGAAGACAACGUCAAAGGCAAGCUCGCAAAAGAGUUUGUGAUCGCCCAGCCAGUUCAGGAUCCCGAUGGCGAGCACAAAGAGGUCCUGCUGUUCGAAUUCAUCGAUGGCGACCUCAAACGGCAGGUUCAAAACCCAACGACCGGUGAGCCGAUGAGAGCUACGCAGAAGCUCAGGCAUGAAGACGUCAAAAUGCCGGUCUUCAGUCAGAAGUCGAUGAUGAAGUUGAUUGAGAAGCGCAAUACCAAGUUCACCUCGGCAGUCAAUGCAUUCCUGAAUCAGUGCGCAGCAGAUAAUGUCGACCCUGUUCAGAAGUUACAAGAGGAGUAUGCAGUGUUUAUACCGUCGCCGUCAGGAAGUCGUUCUACGACGCCAGCAAGAGAUCUGCGCGCAAGACUCCCCUCUAGUAUACCUAAGGAACGCAAGACGAUUCCGGAGAUCAUAACUGAAAUCAAGGAGUUUGAAUGGUACACCGGCCAGAUUGUACCUGACGGUCAUCGAGUGUUUGACCCACAGCCUCCUGUAUACGGCGAGCUCAACUUUGAACUCUCCCAAGAGCUUGUAAAUGCACUCUACAACACCCGUGGCAUAGAGCAGCUUUAUGCUCACCAAGCAGAAGCAAUCAACAACUUGUAUGAUGGCCACAAUGUCAUUGUGUCGACUUCUACAAGCUCCGGCAAAUCACUGAUCUAUCAGAUCCCUGUACUCCACCAGCUGGAGAAGGACCCAGAGACUAGAGCGAUGUACAUUUUUCCAACCAAAGCUUUGGCCCAAGACCAGCGCCGGAGUUUGAAAGACUUGUUACGCUUCAUGAACGGCCACCAGGACGUUGUGGUUGAGACGUUUGAUGGUGAUACGCCGAUGGCCGACCGGAAUCGCAUUAGAGAUGAGGCAAGAAUCAUUUUCACGAACCCGGAUAUGUUACACAUUACUAUCCUACCCCAAGAAGAGGCAUGGCGGACUUUCCUCCAGAACCUGAAGUUCGUGGUUGUGGACGAACUCCAUGUCUAUAACGGCUUAUUCGGAUCACAUGUGGCCCUUAUCAUGCGGAGACUGAGGAGGAUAUGCGCCGCGGUGGGGAACCGCCAUGUUAAAUUCAUUUCCUGUUCGGCCACAGUCGCUAAUCCUGAAGAGCACAUGAAGACUAUCUUUGGUGUUGAAGAAGUCAAGCUGACUGACUUUGACGGUUCGCCUUCUGGCCGGAAAGAGUUCCUUUGCUGGAACACGCCGUUCAAGGAUCCUGCUGAUCCUACUUCAGGUCGAGGAGACUCUACGGCAGAAGCGGCGAAGCUUUUUUGUCAACUUAUAUUGAGGGGCGUCAGAGUCAUUGCAUUUUGUCGGAUACGGAAGCAGUGCGAACUUAUGCUUGGAGCUGUCAAAAAUGAACUUACAUUCCUGGAGCGACCGGAGGUGAUGGCCAGAGUUAUGGCAUAUCGAGGAGGAUACACUCCUCAAGAUCGACGACAAAUCGAAGCAGAGAUGUUUGAUGGGAAGCUUGUGGGCAUCGUUGCUACCAGUGCAUUGGAGCUGGGCGUAGACAUCGGUUCGCUAGACGCAGUCAUUACUGUCGGCUUCCCUUACACCAUCGCCAACUUACGGCAGCAAAGUGGCCGAGCAGGGCGACGAAAUAAGGAUUCCUUAUCCGUGCUUGUCGGUGACUGCUUCCCUACCGAUCAGUACUAUAUGGAGAACCCGGAUGAGAUCUUCACUAAGCCGAACUGCGAGCUGCAGGUCGAUCUUGAAAACAUGCUCGUCCUGGAAGGUCAUAUCCAGUGCGCCGCGCAUGAGAUGCCAAUCCGCCCAGACGGGGACUUGGCCUACUUCGGCCCUCUCCUUCCCUCCAUUGCCAAACAGCGCAUGCGUAAAGACCCGGCCGGCUUCUACCACUGCAACGAGCGCUUCCUGCCCUACCCCUCCAAGUUCGUCGCCAUCCGCGACACCGAGAACGACCACUUCGCCGUCGUCGACACGACCAACGGCCGAAACGCCGUUCUCGAAGAGCUCGAAGCCUCCCGCGCCUUCUUCACCAUCUACGAAGGCGGCAUCUUCCUCCACCAAGGCAACACUUACCUGAUCAAAGAAUUCUCCCAAGACCGCAUGAUGGCCAAAGUUGAGCACGUAAAAGUCGACUGGACGACCCAGCAGCGCGACUUCACGGACAUCGACCCCAUCGAAACCGAAGCCAUCCGACGCAUCCCCGGCUCCCGCUCGCGCGCCUUCUACGGUCCGAUCAAGAUCAAGCAAGUUAUCUUCGGCUUCUUCAAAGUCGACAAGCGCCGCCGCAUCCUCGAUGCCGUCCAGGUCGACAACCCACCCAUCAUCCUCUUCUCCAAGGGCAUGUGGCUCGACGUGCCCAAGUCCGCACUGGAAAUCUUGAACUCCCGCCGUCUGAACGUCGCGGGCGCUAUCCAUGCGGCCGAGCACGCCAUCCUGAGCCUGAUGCCCAACUUCGUCAUCUCAAUGCCCGGCGACGUCCGCACGGAAUGCAAGAACGCGCUCAAGGAGUUCCAGCAGAGAGACACGGCGCGCAAGCGGCCGGCGAGACUGACGUUCUACGACGCCAAAGGUGGGGCCGGCGGCGCAGGCAUCAGCACCAAGGCAUUCGAGUUCGUCGAUCUCCUGCUCAAGCAGGCGUGUGAGCGGGUUGCAGCGUGUCAUUGUCAGGAUGGCUGCCUGGAGUGCUGCUGUAGCGAGAGGUGUAGAGAGGCGAACCAGGUGAUGAGCAAAGCGGGAGGUGAAGUCAUUCUGAAAAGUUUGCUCAAUCUGGAGAUUGAUGUUGAUGCCUUGCCCUGGGGGCCGGAGGAGGCGGUGCCGGCGGGAAUUGAGACAGUCAUUAUGGCUGAGGAGGUGAGGCCAGCGAGGGGGAAGAGGGUGGAGGUUAUUGAGGUUAAGAGAGAGGGCGGCGGUAUGCAAAGAGUGGCCGUCGGCGCUGUUGAAGCGGACGAAGAUGGAGUUGUGAUCAAGGAGGAGAUAGAAUAG